AGUUGGUUAUAAGUGACUGGAAUCUGCUGCUGACUCACAGUUUGAGAGACUCUCACUCUGUUGGACUCUUUUUAGAUUUCAGAAGAUAUUUCACCCGUUGCUCAUCAUGUCAACAACUAGCCACAACUUCUUCGGAGACAGGAACGAAGUGCCAGAUCUGCUCAAAUCCUUGGUUGAAUAUCCCUUCUGCUUUGCUGACUUUGUGGACACCGAAAUAGAGAAGGAGAAGCUGUGCUCCGUUGAGGAUGUGGAUGGAGGCGGGGCAGGAGCAGCCAGUGCUGGAGGAGGAGGAGGAGGAGGAGGAGGAAGAGGAGGAGGAGGAGAAGGCAGCGGUUGUUGCAGGUGCUGGUGGAGGUGUUUCAGCUUCCUUAACCCCUGCCAUUUGGGACAAGACCAUUCCCUACGAUGGGGAGACCUUCCACCUGGAGUACAUGGACCUGGACGAGUUCCUCCUGGAGAACGGGAUCCCUGCCACGCUGGAGGAGGAGGAGCUGCAGAAGACUUUAGCCUCCGUGGGAAUCAAAGCCAAAUUCCUCCCCAAGGUUACUCCUUCAGCUUCUACUACUACGACCACGACUCCUGCCGUCGCCCCCGUCCCCGCCUCGGCGUCUUCCCCCUCGGCCUCCGCCACCUCGACCGUCACCUCAGAGCCAGAGGAGCCGGUGACGGUCACUACGCUACUACCGGCAAAGAUAGAAGAAGAAGAAGAAGAAGAAGAAGAGGAAGAAGAAGAAGAAGAGGAUGAGGAGGAGGAGGAGGAGGAGGAGGAAGGGGAAGAGGAAGGACCAGAGGAGGAGACGUUGUGUCAGGAAGUGAAAGUGGAAGUGAAAGAGAAAAAAACAGAGCGCCGCACCCCCUCCCCCGUGGACCCCGAAGCCAUCGAGGUGGACAUUAACUUCCAGCCGGACCCCACGGACCUGGUUCUGUCCAGCGUGCCGGGGGGGGAGCUGUUCAACCCGCGCAAACACAAGUUCUCCGAAGAGGAGCUGAAGCCCCAGCCCAUGAUCAAGAAGGCCAAGAAAGUGUUUGUUCCCAACGAGCAGAAGGAUGACAGAUACUGGUCCAGGAGGAAGAAGAACAACGUGGCGGCGAAGCGUUCCCGUGACGCGCGGCGGCUGAAGGAGAACCAGAUCACGGUGCGCGCCUCCUUCCUGGAGCGGGAGAACGCGGCGCUGCGGCAGCAAGUGUCCGAGCUGCGGAAAGACUGCGGACGAUGCAAGACCAUGCUGACCCGAUACGAGGCCAAGUACGGCCCGCUGUAAACAACUCAUUAACACCAAAAACAUGAAUGUAUCAAUGAGACAAAAAGCAGAACUCCCUUCCCCGCAGAAUUCAACACGGACACCAACCACCAAGGGAAUCUAAAUUUGCAUCUUCGCCGACCUCCAGUCCAUGUGUCGAGCUCCGGGUGUGUUUUCCCGACGCGAGGUCCGGAGUUUCAGACACACACUGGCAGGCGGCGAGGCUUCGUGAUGGAGCGGGGGCCGCAGGAGGGCCUGUGGAAGAGCGCCUGGCUCCUACACACUCAGAGAGGAAGAUUGAGGACACUCCCGUGGUCAAACACACAGAAAAGUCAGGAAAUCUGAGCAAAGCGGUACAAAUGAAUCACAAAUCAGUUUUUUUACAACUGCACAGCACUUAUUCUUCUUAGUGGACCAAAGCAUGUCAGUUUAGAAGUCCUGUGUUUAGUGUGGUGCACACUUUGCCGUCCCUCAAGUUUCCUCGUGUUGCACUCGUGUUUGUGUCGUGUCUGUACUUCCUUUUAAACACUCUAGCUAAGACGACAGGAGCAGAUGAUGAAGGAGCAGGAGAAAGAAUCAGGUACUUCCAGAGGGAGGAAGCAGAAAGGAGGAGAACAUGAGUGAUUCACUCACAGUUCUUCCACAUCAACACAAAAUCUCUUUGUGUAUGUAGUCGUGUCCCCGGGCCACAGUGUUUAAAUCUACCGUAUAACACCAUGGGAGACACAUAGAUUUUUUAUUCGGGGGAAAAACAUGCAUGCCCUACAAUUUAAAGCUACUGUGAUGUGGUUUCCUUUUUCUACUGACCUCAGAUCAGCUUCCAGAGACUUCACAGGAUAAGACAGGUUUCCUUUGAAAAGAAGAUUAUAGAAAGAGAGAUGUAUUUCUUGUAGGUUAAAGGCAUAAUCUGAUGGGCCCUCACCAGUGGGGGGGGUAUGCUCAUGCGUAGGAGAGUUUAUUUUACUGCACACUGCAGGUAGAGGGCGCUAGAGCCUCCGCCUGUCUGGUCUAAUGUAGUGACAGCUGGAUUUUAUUUUUUUAAAGAUUUAACCAAGCCCAAAGUCGACUGCUUCGAAAACAAACCUUUGUAAAUAUGGUUCUUUAUUUACUGAGAUUCUGUCUCUAUAAGCUCGAUAUUAUUCCUAUAUUUGCCAAAUGAGUGCUGUAUUUAUUCUGAUGGUAAUAAUGCAUCUGUUGAUUUUGAUGUAUAACAUGUCAGAUCAUUUCCUUUGAGGAACAAUACUUCUAUAAUGAAACCAUUGCAGGGAAAUCAAAGGGUAAACUGUGCUUUUGGAUGUUUGAACAGAUGUAUAGUUUUAUUGGUUUUGUUUUGUUUCUAUAUAUAUAUAUAUAUACAUUCAGCAUGUGUCUGAUCACAGAGAAAAGACACUCUUAUUUACCUCAUCCAACACUUCCUAUUUUAAACGAUAUAACGUUUAGCAGGGUUGGAAGCAGAAAGCACAUAAAGCAGCUUAUUUCCAUUUGGCAGAACUCCGAGUGGAUGCGUUGGGUUGCUGAAUUUCUAAAUUAUUGAAUAGAUUUCAGACUGUUAUGGGACUCGAUAGCUCAAAUGUCUUUGGCUGAUGCACAUUUCGUGCUCGGUUUGGCUUGUGCUCAUAAUCGGCGUAAUAAUCUUGGAAAGAAAAAAAAAUGUGGCAAUAAUACUCUGUUAUGUAAUGCUCGUUUUAUUUCAGUGAUGUAUGUAAACGUAUUAUGAUGUACUGAAUAGACAUGCCCCAAAGUCAUUUGUGCUUCCAGUUUAGAUCUGUAGUCCAGGAUCCUAAUGCAUGAAACCCAGUGACCUGUCUUUGUUAUUCCACUGAAUAUUUCACACAAAGUGUACUUAUGUCUGUAAACCAUCACUGAAAACUCCAUAUGUUUUUGGAUGGGUACGUUGAUGGUCUAUUGUACAGUUCUGUCAGAAGUUUGCUAUGAUCUCUUGUGUUUACGACUUGCAUAGCGCCACCUAUCCUCAUGCAGCAGUGCUUGACCUUGGGGCGAACAUCAGCAGAAAACAUCUUUUGAUCACUGUGUGGAUUGUUUUCUAUUAACUAAACAUGGAUCUAUAUCUAGAUACACUGGGUCGGCUUUUGAUUUUGUGUGUUCUUGUUUCCUGAUGAUUUCGUGACAUUUCUUAGCAACGUGUUUAUGUUGCUUUGACUGCAUUUUAUACAUCAAUGUAGUUGAUGAAUGCAACCGUUAAGUUAUGUUUAAAAUGUUCUACAACAGCAGCCAGGCUGAUAAAAGAGCGGUGCAGUGAUGACGUAUAUUUGUAGGCUGACCCUGAAGUUAGCAUCGCAACGGCUCCCUCGACAAAAAGCCAAUGGGAUUUUUUCAUUGGAUUUCGGAAAAUAAGAUCUGUGGUAAAUGUUUAUGAUUAAGACGUUUGGUUUAGCAGGAAAAUCUCCACAUAUUAAUACCAUUUUUUAGGAAUAAAUGCAAUCCCCAGAAGUAAAAAUGAUAAGGAACUUCCCGUCACCACUGCUAAGCUAAAGGCGGCUAAUGUUCGGUGUGAUGUUUAGUAGUCUGAUUUAGUCACUUGUUAGCAACCGUUGUUUUUAUAGAAGCUUCAGACAUUCAGCAGUGAUGUAUUUACUGACGAAAACAUUUGUAAAUCUCUUUAUCUUGUGUUAAUCACAGAUCUUAUUCCAGGCAAAAACAUAUUUAUGAAACCAUUGUCUUGGAGACGAGGGAACAAGAUGUAGUAAAAUGUCCUGGUAUAAAGCCACAUUCCGCAGGGGCGGACUGGGACUAAAAAUCAGCCCGGGACUCUCGACCGGCCCACUUCGGUCUGCUAGUUUCCUAUAUACCGCUAAUAAAUUGACAACGGGGGGUGCUAGUGACUGACUUAUCCGACCAGCCCCAUUGCAUGCAAGUAAAUACCGCUAGUAAAUUGUCAACGAGGGGGGGGGGUGCUAGUUACUUAUCCGACCGGCCCAUCGGGAUUCGUGCCGAACGUCCCGAUGGGCAGUCAGCCACUGGGUACAGGCCAAGAGAUUAUUUUAGAAGACACAAAUACGGAUUCUUUAAGUACUGGAUACAGUAUGUAGCAACGUUUCUUCAUGCUAGUAACUCUCAAGCCUGCACAUUUUAAUUUAGCUAGUAGUAAAACCAAUAGGUAAUGAAGAAAGCAGCAGCAGUUAAGAUCUGCAGCUCGGUCGCCUCCCACAGACAAAAACAGUACUAGCGUCUUUACCUGAGCACUAAUUUAGGAAAAAAGUUUUACAACAGCGUGUUUUUCAUCAAAAGGAGCCAUUUACUUUGUGUCUGUUGGAGGUUUGAAAUAUAAACUCUAUUAUCGCCAGUUAGUUUAAAAAAAAUAACACAUUUGUUUCACAGCAACAUCAUCCAGAGCAUGCUUAAAAUCAGCAUUUCAAUAUUAGGAAUUAGAGAAUGAAAGUGUUUACUGACAUCUAUAUUUGCUGUGUAACAAGUGUCUCAUACAAAAAGCUUAUAAUAAUUGCAGCUGUAAUACUUUACCUGCAGGUAGCACAGGUGUACAUUGUUGUUGUUUUUGGCCUGUAGUUGGCACAAAUGAGUGAUCUAUAAAGGUCUAAAUUAGCUGUUUUCUAGCCUAAAACGGUUGCUGCAUCAUAAUAAUGACUUUGAAGUAGCUUUAAAACACCUGGAAGAAUAUUUAAAAGUCAAUUUAUUUCUAAGCUGUGGUUUAUUUUCCCCCUUUUUUUAUAUAAACAUGAUUUUCGUUAAGUGUUUUUGUAUUGUCCUAACCAUGUAUAGGAUGCAGUACUAUGUCCUAACUGUAUCUUGUAUCAUGCAAUUGAAAAUAAAUUGAGAUUUCAUGGC